UCACUUUCUGUCUUCCGCUUAGGGUUUUAUGGUGUAGUCAAUUCCUGUAAUAAUUAUAAUAAUUUGUGAUUUUGAGCUUUAUCCAAACCUUCAUGUUCAAAUUUUCACUAUAUUUCGUAAGUGUGUUUGGAUUCACGUUUGAUUAGGAACGGAUCCUCGUUUAUUGCAAAGCUACUAGUUAUAACUUGCGCGUUAACCGAUUUUUAAGAAUGUUCAAACACGGUUCCAAACAUGCUAUUAAGUUUUCUGCUUUGAAGUUAAUUGAAUUCUUUCAAAUCAGCUUCGUGAUUAUGUCACUUUUGGCUUAAUUAUGAAGGUGAUAAUGUAGUUACAGAGACUGCAUGGAAAAGAAGGACUAUUGUUGUCAGAUUCUGCUAUAGUCGCAUGACUGGCUUUUAGAGUAUUGUGGUCUCUUGGCCUACUGGUGAGUGACUGGUUAGUAAAUGAAUAAAGGAGAGUGAAUGGGGAGGUGUGUCAUAAAUGGGUAUGUAGAAUGUGGAUCCUCUCAUGCUAAUAAGUAACAUGAUAUGGUUGUGUUGGAAAGAGAAAGACACAUUUUUUUAUCAAAUAAGGACCCAACUUGAUUGGUUGUAGGUCCCAUAAAUUAAAAUUGAUAAAAAUUGUCUUUCUAUCUCUAAUAUGAUUGUAUCAUGUUUGUUACUCAACAACAUGAGAGGAUCCAAAUUCAGGUAUAUGUAUAAGGGGAAGGCAAUACGUUUGAACAUAGGUAUGUGUGUGCCUUUUGUGGUAAACAGUGAUAAGUUCUUCUGGGUUUUGCCUGCUACUGUGUGAACUAUGUUGACCAAAUUCUCAGGCAUUUUUGUUGGUCAUUAAACAAGUUUGAAAAAUUGACACAAGUUGUGAAGGAACAGGAAUUAGGAAAUGAAUCACAUUCUAUGUUAAAGUGCAAACAUGAUGAGUUAAUUCUUUUAUUGGGUUGAUCUACACAAGUUCAAAAUAAGUUCUGUGUUUUCUAUAUUAGGGAAUAAGAUUAGAGACAGGAAAAAUGCACUGAAUAAUUUCUCCAAGCUGGAAUGACCUUUUUAUUGAGUGUUUCUAGAACUCAUAGGUGCAGUUGUGCAAUGUUGAAGUGGCGAUCUUAAGGUGUUGGACUUUACAUGUCUCUAUCCGUUAAAUGUCAAAGUAAUCCUUGUUGGGCAGCUUCUGAAGAUGCUUGUGCCUCACUUUUUCCUUUUUGGUUAAGAAGCAACAACAAAGAUCACAAGAAAAUGAUCACCAUAGAACUGGUGGCAGUCAUGGUGUGUGGGAAGUGGAGAGGGUAUUUGGAUGAGAACUUGUAGUUGAACAUUUAGGCAUCUUUAUGUGUCAGUCAUCAUCAUUGUUUUCCUAAACGUUCCCUUUUCAUUUUUUUAUGGUAUGAUCUGUUUCAAAACUUCUCUCUUAUUUAAUAUCUGAAAAAUUCAAGUUAGAUUAUCUCAAUGAUUUAGGACCCAUAUUUCUUUCUGCUAUAAGCUAUUGUCUUCCUUUUUUUAUAUUUGAUUUUGUAAUCUAAUCAUAUUUUUAUUUUUUAUUUUUUUCAUGCCAUAUUGCUUUAAAGUUCAAGGAUCUGGGCAGCCAACACCAUACAUCAUGAUUGCUGGAGCAGGGAAGGUUCUCCAAUUUCUUGAUAUUUUGUAGUUUUGAGCUUGUAUGUGCCUUGUAUUUAGCACCCAUUUUCAUGUGAGUGGAAUUACAAUAGCUCUGUUUUGGAUGCAAUGGCUCCAGUGCGCUCCACUGGAUUUGUUGAUCCUGGUUGGGAUCAUGGCAUUGCUCAGGAUGAGCGGAAAAAGAAGGUUAGAUGCAAUUACUGUGGGAAAAUAGUUAGUGGUGGGAUAUACAGAUUAAAGCAGCAUUUAGCUCGAGUUUCCGGUGAAGUAACGUACUGUGAAAAGGCUCCUGAGGAAGUCUACCUAAAAAUGAAGGAAAAUCUGGAAGGCUGCCGUUCCAAUAAGAAACAAAAGCUAACUGAUUCACAAGCAUAUAUAAAUUUUCACUCUAAUGAAGAUGAAGAUGAUGAGGACCAAGUUGGGUGUAGAAUCAAAGGGAAGCAAUUGAUGGAUGAUAGAAGUGUAUCUGUAAAUUUGACUCCUCUUCGGUCCUUAGGAUAUAUUGACCCAGGGUGGGAACAUGGUGUAGCUCAGGAUGAGCGAAAGAAGAAAGUCAAAUGCAAUUACUGUGAAAAAGUUGUUAGUGGAGGAAUUAAUCGGUUUAAACAACAUUUGGCUAGAAUUCCUGGAGAGGUAGCACCUUGUAAAAAUGCUCCAGAAGAAGUUUAUAUUAAAAUAAAAGAGAAUAUGAAAUGGCAUCGCACUGGAAGGAGACUUAGGCGACCUGAGGCUAAGGAAUUGAUGCCUUUCUAUGCAAAGUCCGAUAACGAUGAUGAUGAGUAUGAGCAAGUGGAAGAUACUUUACAUCAUAUGAACAAGGAAACUUUGAUUGAUGUUGAUAAGAGAUUCUCUAAAGAUUUGAUAAAGACCUUCAAGGGAAUGUCACCAAGUACUGGUCCUGAACCAGUGUUGAGAAGAUCAAGAUUGGAUAAUGUUUACCUGAAACUGCCCAAGAAUCAGACUCCUCAAACUUACAAACAAGUAAAAGUUAAGACAGGGCCCACUAAGAAAUUACGCAAGGAAGUUAUUUCUUCAAUUUGCAAGUUCUUUUACCAUGCAGGAAUUCCAUUGCAAGCUGCAGACUCCCUAUAUUUUCAUAAAAUGCUGGAAAUGGUUGGUCAAUAUGGACAAGGACUGGUAUGCCCACCAAGCCAACUUAUUUCUGGUCGCUUUUUGCAGGAGGAAAUCAACUCCAUUAAAAACUACAUUGUUGAAUAUAAGGCUUCCUGGGCAAUCACUGGUAGUUCUAUAAUGGCAGAUAGUUGGAGAGAUACACAGGGUAGGACAAUUAUUAACUUUCUUGUUUCUUGUCCUCAUGGUGUAUACUUUGUUUCUUCAAUUGAUGCCACCAAUAUAGUAGAGGAUGCACCAAAUUUAUUUAAGCUUCUGGACAAAGUAGUGGAAGAAAUAGGUGAGGAAAAUGUAGUGCAGGUAAUCACUGAAAAUACUCCUAAUUAUAAAGCUGCUGGAAAAAUGCUUGAAGAGAAAAGAAGGAAUUUAUUCUGGACCCCUUGUGCCACUUAUUGUAUUAAUCGAAUGCUUGAAGAUUUUAUGAAGAUAAGAUGUGUAGAAGAGUGCAUGGAAAAGGGCCAGAAAAUUACAAAACUAAUAUACAAUCAAAUAUGGUUGUUAAACCUAUUGAAAAGUGAAUUUACCCAGGGCCAGGAGCUUCUUAAACCAGCUGGCACCCGAUAUGCCUCUAGCUUCUCUACUUUGCAGAGUUUGCUGGAUCAUCGAGUUGGUCUCAGAAGAAUGUUUCUUUCCAAUAAAUGGAUUUCAUCCAGAUUUUCCAGUUCAAUCGAGGGGAAAGAAGUUGAAAAAAUUGUUUUGAAUGUCACAUUUUGGAAGAAAAUGCAAUAUGUUAGGAAGUCAGUAGAUCCCAUUAUGCAAGUACUUCAAAAGGUUUAUAGUGGCGAGAGCUUGUCAAUGCCAUAUAUAUAUAAUGAUAUGUACAAGGCAAAAAUUGCAAUUAAAUCUGUUCAUAGUGACGAUGCUCGUAAAUAUGAACCAUUCUGGAAGGUGAUAGAUAGUCAUUGGAACUCUCUGUUCUGUCACCCUCUUUACUUGGCUGCUUACUUCUUAAAUCCUUCAUACCGAUAUCGUCAGGAUUUUGUAGCGCAUUCUGAGGUAGUUCGGGGGCUCAACGAAUGUAUUGUUCGGUUGGAGCCAGAUAAUAUGAGACGGAUAUCUGCAUCAAUGCAGAUUGCUCAUUAUAAUUCUGCACAAGAUGACUUUGGAACUGAAUUGGCAAUUAGCACAAGAUCAGGUCUAGAACCAGCUGCCUGGUGGCAACAACAUGGAAUAAGUUGCUUGGAAUUGCAAAGAAUAGCCGUACGCAUAUUAAGUCAGACAUGUUCAUCCUUUGCUUGUGAUCAUGAUUGGAGUAUAUACGACCAGAUACAUAGCAAAAGACAAAAUCGUUUGUCUCAGAAGAAAUUGAAUGACAUUAUCUACGUUCACUACAACUUGCGACUUAGAGAAUGCCAAUUAAGAAAAAGGUCCAGGGACUCAAAGUUGACCUCUGUUGACAGUGUUCUGCAAGAGCAUUUACUCGAUGAUUGGAUAGUUGAUGCCAAUGUACAAAGCUCUGAUGUUGAUAAGAACAUCCUUUUUGGUGUUGAACUAGACGAUGAAUAUGAAAAUGAUUCAAUUGAUUAUGAAGAUGGAGCUGCAAGGCCUCUAAAGGGAUCCCUUGAGCUGGUGACUAUGACUGAUGUAGCAGUAGGAUCACCAGAUGUGGAUCAUGCUAACAUUGAUGCUGCCACUGAUGACGAAUCUGAUCUUAAUUAUUUUGAUGAUGAUUUGAGCGAAUAGUUAAGUUUUUGUGGCCGCUUGUAGCCUUUACUUGCUCUUUUCCAGUGAAAAUUCAACAUGUGUCCAAUCCUUUUUUUUUCUCAUAUCAAAAAGUGUAAUCAUUUUAGUUUGAAUGCUUUCUUACUAAUUUAAGUAACAUAUUUACUGUUAUAUGAGAUAUUUAGUAAGAGCUGGCAUAUAUCAAAUCUUACCCAUGAUAUUAAUGUAAAACAAAAGUCAACACCAUAAGAUGUACGAAAUGCAAGAUUUAUGUGAUUAGAUUU